ACGCGCUGGGAAGGAGCUUGGAAGCGUCAUGGUCCACGGGAGGUAACUCUCAAAUUAUAUCCCUUCAAUGCAUGGCCGCGGAGUUCAGGAUUUGUCUGCCGAGCAAAAAGAAUGAAUAAGAACCCCAAGCACCUUCAUAGCGUGUGACACCCUCGCUGCACUCUCGGUAACAUCGCAGCGAUAGUAUAGAGAGCUCCGCGAACGGGAUAUCGCUGUGAGGAGCUUGAUUAACCCCCAAUUGCUGGUAGUCAAGUCAAGAAAUCAGAUGCUGGUGGGGCGGCUUUGAUAAGCCUGACUCCAAGGGAUGAAGAUGAGGACUAUUUCAACUCUAAGUGGUUGUGUGAAGCAACUGAUGUCACAGACUCCCAGGGUGUGUGCAUCACAGACGACCCGUGUACCCCCAAUACUCACCCCCUCAGCCACCCGUGCCCCGCCCUGCUUGGUCCCACACCGAUGCUACUCAGACAGGGCAGAAGCCUACCACGAGCGGCCGUACAUUCCGCGGCGGACCCUCAUGUAUGUUCCUGGACAUGAUGUGAAGAAGUUGCGGAAAGUCCCGAAUCUCGGAGUGGAUUGUGCUGUGUUGGAGUGCGAAGAUGGAGUGGCUCUUAAUAAGAAGGCUGAAGCUAGAGAGAACAUCCGUCAGAUGCUGGAUGAAGUGGACUUCUCAGGCGUGGACUGUGCACUCCGAGUCAACUCUGUUUCCAGUGGUCUGAUGGAACAGGAUUUGAAGGUCAUCUUCAAGGCUGACCGGCUACCUCAAACAAUACUCCUGCCUAAAGUGGACACUGUAGAAGAUCUAACGCAGUUCACUGACCUCCUGCGAGCUGUGACUGCUGACCACAAGGGCUACUGUCCAUACCUGCUGACCUAUGUGGAGAGUGCCCAGGGCGUCCUAAACAUGCAGGACGUCCUACAGAAGGCCAGACAGUACUCAACACAGGGUGUGUUCCACAUGGACGGUGUCGUGUUUGGCUCAGACGACUUCUGUGCAGAUAUUGGAGCAGUGAGGACGACUGAUGCAAGGGAACUGACCUACGCCAGACAGAAGGUGGUGAUGGUGGCCAAGGCGUUCCGACUGCAGGCCAUUGACCUGGUGUUCAUUGAUAUCAAAGACACAGAGUCUCUCCGACAUCAGUCGUUGGAGGGGGCAAGGUUGGGGUACACUGGGAAACAGGUCAUCCAUCCCGGUCAGGUCUCCACUGUUCGCGAUGCCUUCACUCCGAGUGGAGAGCGAGUGCAGUGGGCGAUGGAGCUGGUUGCAGCAUUUGAACAGCACCAGGACUCGGGCAAGGGGGCUUUCACCUUUCACGGAAAUAUGAUCGACAUGCCUUUACUACUGCAAGCCAAGAAUAUCCUGAAAAUUGUAAAGAAUAUUGAGUCAUCGGGUUCCUAACAGAUUAUUGUUUGUGAUUUCAGUAAAUUUUGAAUGUGUUGACAUGUAACAUGUAGUAUUUAUGGCAAGUAAAAUAUAAUAAAAACA